GUGAGCGGGCCGGCUCCACUGCUGCCGACGUCAUCAGACCCUGUGGCACCGCGCGGCCCAACGGCAGCUCGCCGACAGCAUGCGCACGUGACCCGUCUGUGGAGCCGCUCAACCUUGCACGGGAACUCAGAGACUGCUCGAUAGCGUGCCGAGAUGAAUGGGUCCGGGUGCAUCACCGCAGCCGUCCUCAUGUCUAUCCUCGCUGCCAUUGGCCGAGCAGAAACAGGAGAGCGGCUGCACGAGGCGUCCGGUCAGCUGAACACGCUGAUAGUUGGUCCGGACCACUUUGAGCCGCUGGCAGCGACGCCGGCGGUCGGCGAGACGCGCCUGACGGUCAGCACGCAGCCGACCAAGCUGCCAAAGCCAGGCGAGACAGGCUUCGCCACCAAGACCAUCUACGGCUUCCUCGACUUCAUCACCACCGUCGGCGACACCGUCGUGGUAUUCACGCCCAACUCCAAGACACAGGUCCUGAAGCGGAAGCCUUCAACGCCUCUCCGGCAGACAGUCACUAGCACCAGCACGGUGCAGCAGCUGGCACCGUCAGCGGUGUCAUCGGCGCUGCGCGUGGUACUGACGACCGAUGCCAAGCCGUCGAGCGGGCGUCCUUCGCUGGCGACGCCGGCGGCCGAGCCGUCGCCGAGUACCUCACGGCCGGUCACGGCCGGUCACGGUACCUCACGGCCGGUCACGGCCGAUGCUCUCUUCUCGUCACCUUCGGCCAUCAGCCUGGAGAGUUCGUUCGAGAGCAGCACGCCGUCCAGCGGCCUGUGGCUCCAGCUGCGCCAGCGGCGGCCGGCGGCGCCGCGGCCGCUGCUGCUACCGCCGCCGCCUCUGAGGCCGGCGCCGGGGGCGGCGCUCCGUCACCCCACGCUGGUGCCGAUCCUGGUCGAGGGCACGGCCACCCCCAGCGUGCGCCUGCCACCCGAAACCAAGGUCAGCCUGGGCCACAAUGUCGGCUUCCGGGUGCGGCAGCGACCCGAGGCGCCGCUCAGCAGCUUCCGGCUGGAGUUCCUGUCGGCGCGGCCGGCCAGCAUCGUGUCCGAGACGGCGGCGCCGUCCCGCGGCCGCCUCGUCCUCUCGUCCAUCAACGUGCGGCCCACUGGUCUGGUGACCACGUUCGGCGGCACGGACGUGGCCAGCGGCCGAACUACCGUGCACACCACUAGUGUGAUCGGCACCUACAUCCGCGGACGGUAUGCGCAGGUGCUUCGCUCCAGCAGCACCAUCUUCUCGGCGGCGCGUGUGCAGCCGACGGCGUCGGCGCGGCCGACUUCCAGCCUGCUGUCCCGCCGGCCGACGCCACUGCUCGAGCCGGAGGUGCUGCCGUUGGAGCGGCUCUUCAGCUCGCUGGACGGCGCCGAGCCGUCAGCGGCGCGAGGCGAGCUCGAGCCAGUCGGCGCCGAGUCGCGACCCUCGCGCGAGGUGGCCGAGCGGCGACGAGAGCCGACGCUGCCGACACUGCCGCCGCGCCGCUCCUACUCGAGCGGACGUCAGACGAGCCGCCGUGCAUCUGCCGCUGACCGUCUGAAGCUGCUGAAGCGACAGGAGAAGGGACUGGAAGAAGAGGAGGAGAAUAUCUCAGCGAGCACCGCCCGGCCGCAGGCCCGGCAGCAUCUCCGACCAUCAGCCCGCCCUCAGUACUGGGAGGCCCAGCCACAGCACCAGGGCUCGCGUACACAAUACCAAGACACCGGCCCGCAGCACCAGAUCACCGACCCGCAGUACCAGAACAGCAGCCCGCAGUACCAAGACGCUCGUCCGCAGCACCAUGACACCCGUACGCAACACCAUGACACUCGUCCGCAACACCAUAGCACUCGUCCGCAAUACGAGGAAACGCGCCCGCAGUACCACGAGACUUCCUUCCAGUACCAAGAGACAGUUCCGCAAUACCAGGCUGAACGCCUAGUGCCAAACUACCACACUGAACGUCCUCAUACUGGGGGACAGUAUCAAAGCGAUCGCACCCAGUACCAACAGCAGGCCCAGCCGCUGGCCCAGGGACAGGCCGGGUCGCAGACCCAGGAGACGCGUCGGCCGUACCAACAGGAGGCCGCCCUCAGCGACGAUUACUAUUACGACGACGAGUACUACGAUGAUCCGCCAGCUGAGGUGGCGCCGGUCAGCACCACCGCACCGCCCGAGCACCGGGGCGGCGACGAGGUGCACGUGCUGGCGGUGAACACGGUCCAGCCUGCCGGCGCCACCGACUUCUAUCACGAGCUGACCACGCUCAAGACAUUGCGCCACAUCACCAUCGGCCGCUACACAAACAGCAAGUGGGUGACGCAGACCAAGACGGGCACGGUGGCCAUUCCGCUGGCGCCCACGGUGGCGCCCUCCUCGACGACAGUGGCGCCGCCUGCGGCGUCUGCGACACCGCCGGCGGCGACGCCCGCGACGACGGUAGCGCCGCUAGCGGCCGUCGCGAAGCCGGCGGUCGACGACCUGCUGGGGCCGGCGCGGCAGGAACCGGCCGUGAUGCUGCCGCCGGUGCAGCUGGACCCGAGCUCGCCUAGCCUGCCGCUGCACACCAUGACCGAGACGUACAGCACGGCGCAACUGGUGCUCAAGUCGUCGGUGAUUCCGCUGGUAAUUGGCGCUAACACCCGCUCCUUCACCAUCACCCAGUCGUACCACGUGACGCGUGUGGUCACGGCGCUCAAGACCAUGCCACCGAUGGAGCUGUUUAAGCAGGGCUCGCCAGCCGGCCUGGUGAGCUCCAACUCGACCCUGGUGGGCGCCUCCUCCGAGCACCAGGUGGACGAGGGCGGCGUGCCGCUGCAGCGCCUGCCGCCGCCCGACAGCCUGGCCCAGGUCGGCGGCGCCUUCGAUCCAGACAUGCUCGAACAAAAGACGCACCCAGAGAUGUUCGCGCUGCACGGCCAGCAGCCGGCGGCGGCGGCGGCGGCGGCGGCGGCCAGCGUCGGGACAGUCGCCACACCGGCACUCCCGUCUCUCGGAGCCUCGCCGUCUCUCGGAGCCUCGCUGGCCCAGCUGGGCACGUCGGCACAGCUGCCCCAGCUAGGCCAGCUGGGCCAACUAGGCCAACUGAGCCAGCUCAGCCAACUUAGUCAGCUGAGCCAGCUGAGCCAGAUGGGAGCGCUCGGUCAGCCGGCCCAGAUGACGCCGCAACAGCUACUGUACAUGCAGCUGCUGAGCCCGUACCUGGCGGCGCUGCAGCCGCAGGCGGUGGGGGCGGCAGCGCCGGCCGGGCCACGUACCAUCGUCUCUUCGUCGCCUGUGUUUGUCACCACCACUGUCACCAGCACCAGCCGGCGUGCCGUGAUGGUGACGUUCCGUGCCUCGCCUUCCACCGCCUAUAUCACCAGCACCACAGUGAUGCCCACCGUACUGACGUCGUACGUCACCACCACCAUGACGCUGCCACCGACACAGCCGCUGUUCGGCUAGUCCAGCCGCUGUUCAGCUAGCCCAGCCGCUGUUCGGUCAGCCCAGCCGCUGUUCGGCCAGCCCGGCCGCUGUUCGGCCAGUCCGACCGCUGUUCGGCCAGCCAGGCCGCUGUAGAGUCGGCAGGGCUGGAUGCCUGCGCUGACCGCGCAUCAACAGCACCAUUCCUGAUGCAGCCGACCGGACCGACGAGCUCACUGUAGUGCGGCAAUGAACGCGUAGAAGGGCUGCGCACUGCCCCCCCCCCCCCCCCACGUGGCACGGACGCGUCCGCGCACCGACCCCAGCGUUGGCUCCAGCCGGCCGACAGUGUAGCUGGCCGCUACGUGAGCGAAAGCCACACAGUGCGGUAGAUGAGACAUACAAUUGUUGGAGAGGCAGCAGUGCUUCAUCUGGUCGCGGUUCAAACGGUGCACCAGACACUGAGUGGUGACGAGCAAGCCAAUAGUGACGACUUUGCAAGAUGUUUUGGCGUCCGACGGACACGUAUGAGUGCCUCCAGCGAACGGCUCCCGAUAGUUGUGCGAGUGAGUAACAACAUGUGUUUAAAUAAUUAUGUAAGGAAAACAGUAUUUUGAUCAUGAUCAGCUCCAUUGUUAGUCCUACUUAGGGCAAUUGUGGAGUGUCUGCGCGACUGAUGCAAGGCUGUUUUGGCGUGGUAGAUGAGAUGAAUUGGUUCCAUGCAUCAUAGUUCUUUUGUUAAGAUUUGUUCCAGACCAGCAGAGAUCAAGACUAUCUUUGCAGGAUGAGGCAAAGGCAAUCAUUUUACUGGGAAUGAGUGCUUCUAUUGACAGUGUUCGAGUAAGAAUAGUGCGCUGAACUUAAUGAAUGUGAAGAUACAAAGACAUAAUUUAAGCAUCCGGAGAUUGCUGUCGUAACAUGAAGCUUACUUGUGUACUUUGUGAUAUCGCCACCAUGUAAUGAACAAAAUAAAACGGAAAAUGAA